GAACAUACACACCCUGCACAUGGGGAGGGGGCGUGGCGCCAAACUUCGCACCACGUGACGGCAGCUGGCUGCGGGGAAGAGAAUAGCAGCGGAGUGGAGAUCCUAAAGAGACGGGACGGGCUGGGAGAGAGAGACCGGCUGCACAUAGAAAGGGAGAAUUCGGGCUAAGGAAUAUAGUAUGGUAGCUGUCAUCUAUACAGAGAAGGAAUGUUCCUUUCCCAAAGCAAGCGUCGCCCUAUUACUAUCUCAUAAAUGCAGAGGCCGAGAUGAAAGACACGCAGGCCAUAAAAGGGGAGUGCUGGCUUCUGAUAUCAGUUUGAACUUCAGGGCAUUUUGCCAGCUUGAACACAGCGGGCACUUAUUCUCCUAUGGUUUAUUGUCCUCUCCUGCUGCACUUAUGAGUUGGUGUUGGUGCCACGGGUGAAUGCUCGUACCCUUAUCCGGUAUCACUUCAAAGGGCAGUCUCCCCGCAACUUCUGGAGCUCUGCUUCUUCAAUCAAACUGUGAAAAGCUGAGCCGACAUCUUUAACACUUGGCACUUUGGAGGCUAUAUUAAGGAACGUAAUUUCAUUGUGGUACAAUAUUCUAAUAAGCACACCUAAAUAACUCUCCUUGUAGCCAUGUUACUGCUAAGAGACUUCUGUUUUUUUAUUUGGACGCCUGAAUGGAUCUGUAAGAUGGAAGGAGAAAGGGGUUGUGCCAAAUAUGCUGGAGAUAAGAGGCAAUUAUAAAUAAUAAUCAUAACUUCUUUGAGUUGGGAGCAACUAAAAAAAAUUACUAUCGCACAACUUGUUUUUUACUUUAGCCUUAGUUUUUCAGUAUGCAUGUGUUUUCUUUCUGCCUGAAUGAGCUUUUUUUUUUUACUCUUUUUGGAUUGGACAAGAUCUCUAUCAGUGGUUUAAUCCUCAUCCAGCAGUGAGAGCGAUUAAGAAAAACCUGUACUUGGUUAUUCAUGACGGUUUUCAUUCAUUCAGAUCACAAUAUACAGUAUCCAGUAGUGAUAAGUCUAAGGCAACUGGACUUUCUGAGUAAUCUUGAAAAUAUUUUGGCACUUAAACGAGCAGCAUCUUUUGUUGCCACCUGGACUACAAUAGAACAAACUCUGGCAAAAAAAAAAAAGAAAAGAAAAACAAUUAUUUUUAGCACAAAUCAUUUAAACCAUUGGACAAGUGUCGGCCUUUAAUACAUUGGUUUUGUUUUAAUUUAUUUAUUUAUUUAAUUGCCCCAAUGGCUGCACCUUACAAGGUGAUUGUUAGUAAAGUAACCUGUUAUAAUAGCGUUGUAUUGGACAAAAGACUUGAGAAUGUUAUUCAUUAUUGCCAUGGAAUUUGUCAAGUUCAUCGACUUGGAGUUCAGUGCAGAGUUGCACACCACAGUGUAUGCUCAGAGCUUGUUAAAGCUCCAGGGGGUUCCCCUAGCCAUACUAAAGAUGUUACUCAUAAAAUUAUUGCUGGAGAAGGGGUGGUUGGUGGUGAGGAGUCUUCUCAUCUCAACUCUAGGAACAAAAAACCCUCUGCCACCCAAAGUACUGGCAGUCUGAAGGAUAUUACUGGUGAAGCCAUAAACUUAGCAAGUGGAAAAGCAAAAGAGUUCUCUUUUGAGAAGUUAAGGAAUGCAUCAAAUCAACAUGUUAAUCUUAGAAAAGGCCGAAAAGUCCGUCCUGAUUCUUUUAACAGGAAAUCAACUGACUACGACUUUAUCUAUGGCCAGUUCGGUAAUAAUGAAAAUUGUCCUCCAAAUGAUGUAUCUCAAGGUCAAGGAGUGGAGGAGAAAGCAAUGGUCUCCAACAGUGCAUCUUGGGAACAGAACCUUAAUAACAUGGCCGCUUUGUAUCUACAAGGCCUCGCGGAUGAAAAUCUUAUUAACCAAAUUCUGAAAAAACACAACCUAGAUGGUGCAGGCUCUGGAGAAGACAUAAAAAUGUGCUUGGACAUCCUUUUGAAGUGUUCUGAGGACUUGAAAAAGUGCACAAACAUUAUUAAGCAGUGUAUUAGGAAUAGGUCUAUUGGAAGCAACAACACAAGUGAGGGGAAAGGGGAGGAUCAUUUUCCAAACCCAGAAAUUAUUUACAUGAAUGUUAUGGCUAGGCUCUCUUCUUACUUAAAGAAACUUCCGUUUGAGCUGGAACAUAGUCCACGUGGACGUGGUGAACCUAGCGAUCUGGCUGAACUUGUGAGUAGUAUCCGGAGUUUACAGCAGCAACCUUUCUCUCCAAUUUAUGGCCAUGAACAGCCACCCAAGUAUGAAGAUGUUGUUCAGAUGCCACCUUCAGUAAAAACCAUUUCUCCUAGUGCCACAGAAUAUAAUAGAGAACUUACUCCACAAAUUCCCAAUAUUAAUAAUGCCACUACAGUGAAAAAUGUCUCACCAGUUGCUCCGCCUUUACCUGCUAAGACCUGGCAAAGAGGCACGCAACAGAAUAAAGGAAGCAGUGUAAAAAGCAAUUUUGCACCUUUUCAACAAAUGUCUCAUGGAACAAAUCAGGUGUUUUCCAAUACUGGUGAGAGGCUUCCAAGGCCUUCAGUGGAAAAUCUUUACAUUGAGGAGGAUUCAGAUUUGGAAAGAUCUGUAAACCAUCAAAAAUGUGCAGCAGGUUUAUCUGUUUCAGAAUCAGUUGAACCAAAACUCAGUCGCAAGUCCAUUCAUUCUCACAGACCUAUUGACAAUUCUAUGACAGUAACUAAGAACACAUCUUUCAGCAGUAAUGGAACCUACCAUACUGGCUCACAUUCUUACAACACGCAUGCAAGUAAUACAGGCAAGAGUGCUGACCAUGAAGAAAUCGACAAAUUGCUUCUGGAUUUGGAAAAGUUUUCUAAAAAAAUUGAAACCACACUAAAUAACCCUCCCAGCACAACCCCUUCUAAAACACAAUCUAGAUUUCCUGUUUUACAUAAGGAGCCCAAUUCACAAUUGCCUUCAGCAUCAGGUACAAUAGCCAGCGAGCAUAAGUUAGAAGAUGAUGAGGGGAAUCUUCUACUGCGUAUUUUGGGAAGCAUUGAGGACUUUGCUCAGGAACUUGUUGAUUGGAGGUCUGGGAAAGGAACUCUGUCUAAACAAAAAGAAGUAAUGAAAAUCCUUCAGGAGACCUUGGUUACUCCACCUUCCUCUCCUGGUAUUCAGCUUCAGAACCAAAGCAAGGAUCUUGGCCCUACAUUAUCAAUUCAACAGACUCCAGAGAUCAUAAAGAUUCAAAGCAAGCAAGAAAAGAAGCCAAACACCCCCCCUCCUGUACCCCUUACUCCAACUGCCAGUCCACGACCAGCCACCCCUCCAUUACCGAGCAACAAAGCCACGGCUCCUGUGUCCAUAAACAUUCCACGUUUCUACUUUCCCAAAGGGCUGCCCAACCCAGGUUCUGACUAUGAAGAUUCCAUCAAGAAGACUGAGGCAGCAUUCUCCAGCAUGGAGGAAGAAAAGGCCGACAUCUACGAGAUGGGGAAGAUCGCCAAGGUAUGUGGCUGCCCCUUGUACUGGAAGGCUGCUCUGUUCAAUGCUGCUGGUGGUGAGAGGACAGGAUUUGUCUCUGUGCACUCGUUCAUAGCAAUGUGGAGAAAGUUAAUCCAGAACUGCCAUGAUGAUGCCCCUAAAUUUAUCAGCCUCUUGGCAAAACCAGGCUGUGACUACUUAGAGCAAGAGGAUUUCAUCCCACUUCUUCAGGACAUCGUGGACACACAUCCAGGGCUGACGUUCCUUAAGGAGGCUCCUGAAUUCCACUCCAGAUACAUCACCACUGUUAUUCAAAGAAUAUUUUAUACAGUCAACAGGUCGUGGUCGGGCAGAAUCACCUUGACUGAGCUAAGGAGGAGUAACUUUCUACAGACCCUUGCGCUGUUGGAAGAAGAGGAUGAUAUUAACCAAGUGACCGAUUACUUCUCCUACGAGCAUUUUUAUGUCAUUUACUGCAAGUUCUGGGAACUGGACACUGAUCACGACCUAUACAUUGACCAGAAGGACCUGGGCAGAUAUAAUGACCAUGCUUCCUCAAAGAGAAUAAUUGAGAGGAUAUUUUCUGGAGCAGUGACUCGGGGCAACGCAGUACAGAGGGAAGGGAGGAUGAGCUACGCCGAAUUUGUCUGGUUUUUGAUAUCAGAGGAAGACAAGAAAAAUCCAACCAGCAUAGAGUACUGGUUCCGCUGUAUGGACUUGGAUGGAGAUGGGGUGCUGUCCAUGUAUGAACUGGAGUACUUCUAUGAGGAACAGUGUGAGAAGAUGGAAGCCAUGGGCAUUGAGCCAUUACCUUUCCAGGAUCUGUUGUGCCAGCUCCUAGACUUGGUAAAGCCUGAAGCAGAAGGCCAAAUAACACUACGGGAUCUGAAGCGGUGCAAAAUGGCUCAUAUAUUUUAUGAUACCUGCUUUAACCUUGAGAAGUACCUGGACCAUGAGCAACGGGAUCCAUUUGCAGUGCAAAAGGAUGUUGAGAGUGAAAACCCUGAGCCAUCAGACUGGGACAGAUAUGCGUCUGAGGAAUAUGAGAUCUUGGUUGCUGAGGAAUCAGCCACGGAACAGUUACAGGAAGAGUCGUUUGACGAUGAUUACGAGGGAGAGGAAAUCAUCAGUCCUCCUGAGAUCAGCAACAAAAUGGAUAAACUGGUCAUUUCCGACCUAACGGCAUGAGCCAGACGGGGCCCUCCGGCCACUGGACAAUCACACUGACCAGUAACUGCCUAUUUAUGGACUAAGCCCUAACUGCACCAAAACAUUCAGGGGAAAUAAUAUAUAAAUAGAUUUUGUAUUA